AUGACGGCUUCUAUCCCUGCCACUACCCGUGCCAUCUUACACAAGCCCGAAGAUGAUACGCUGAAUAUUAUCACCCGCCCUGUAGCAAUGCCCAACUUCGAAGCAGACGAACACCUCAUUCGCGUACACGCCACUGCUCCAUGUGCUGGUGAACUCACUUGGUGGAAAUUCGGUAUCUCCAAGCCCGCCUCUGAUCACGUUCCUGGUCAAGAUAUAGCCGGUAUAGUGGUCCUUGCCCCUCCAAACUCGCAAUUCAAACCCGGUGAUGCCGUCUACGCCCGAAUCCCCUGGGACCGACCGGGUGCAUUGCAGGACUAUACGAUUGUUUUUGGCUCCGAACUAGCGCAGUCUCCAAAAAACUUGGACUUUACAAAUGCUGCGACUGUGCCAAUGAGCGCACUAACGGCGUGGCAGGCCAUUUUCGACAAGGCUGGGUACUCAGGGCCCGAUGACGAGAUGAUUAAGGGGAAAACUUUGGCUAUCACUGCUGCGAGUGGGAAUGUGGGGAUGUGGGCCGUACAGCUGGCAAAGAUUGCCGGAUUUCAGAAGAUUGUCGGAACCUACGGGGGUGGUGAAGGGAUUGCGUCGCUGCUAAAAGAGCUGGGCGCAACGGAUUUGAUUGACUAUAAGAAAAGCAGUUUUGCGGAAUGGGUAUCUCAGGAUCCGAGGAAUAGGAAAAUUGAUGUUGUGUUUGACUGCUUUGGAAAAAGUGCACUAGCUGAUGCUUGGAGUGUUGUAAAGAACGGCGGACGUCUUAUCAGUGUGUGCGAGCCUCCAGAGACGCGAAAACCUGCCAAUUGUGAGGCAAAGGACGUGAUGAAUCUUUUUUUUGUGAUGGAUUCCAAACGUGGCAAGGACCUAGCACGAGUUACAGAAUUGUUGGAGAGUGGUAAGUGCCGGGCAUUCCUGGACUCAAUCUACGACUUCAGUGAUUUUCGAAAAGGGUUUGAAAGGGUCGAGGGCCGGCAUGCGAGAGGAAAGGUUAUUAUAAAGGUCAAUGAGAACUGA